CAUAAAGAGGUACAACUUCUGGUUAUUGUGAAGCAAAUAAAGAAUGUUGCUUAAGCGUUCCUUCUGCUGCUAUCUUUUCCUGAACUUUCUGUUCGCAUUUUCCACUUUGCCUACAGCCGCUUCAGCCUUAUCUACUCAUGUACAAACACGAGAAGCGGAAGCCCUUCUAAAAUGGAAAAAUAGCCUGAGGGACCAAACUCAGUAUCUCCUCUCUUCUUGGAUGCUUGCUUCGAGCAACAUCACAAGCACAAACACAAGUACCAAUUCAUGCAGUUGGGAAGGGAUCAGGUGCAAUAUUGCCGGAAGUGUCACAGGCAUAAACCUCACAAGCAUCGGCCUGAGAGGUACACUACAUGAAUUCAACUUCUCAUCCUUGCCAAACCUAUUGUCUCUCGAUCUUCAUGAUAACGAACUUUUUGGAAACAUCCCUUCUAAUAUUGUUACUCUUCAUAAUCUAACCUUCUUAAAUCUGGGUUACAAUCAACUCAGUGGAAGCAUUCCUCCAGAGGUUGGAAACUUGACAAUGCUCAAAGUGUUAAGCUUCUCGAACAACCUCCUAUCCGGUCCUGUUCCUUCCACUCUCGGAAACUUGAACAAUCUUUCAUUGCUUUAUCUUGGGAACAAUCAUCUAACUGGUCCAAUUCCCCUGGAACUGGGGAAACUAAACUUCCUUUCCGAGCUUCGGUUGAACUUGAACAAUCUUACUGGUUCUAUUCCUGCAUCUACAGGCAAUCUGACAGGCCUGAAGAUCUUGUCACUCUAUGGAAACCAGUUGUCUGGUCCAUUACCUCGAGAGAUUAAUAACCUCACCCACUUGAUACUAUUCUUUCUGUCAAAUAAUAGCAUAUCUGGUUUCUUACCUGAGAAUAUAUGCCAUGGUGGUAUUCUGGAAGACUUUUGUGCUAGUAACAACCAUUUCACCGGCACUGUUCCUAAAGGGCUGAAAAACUGCACGAGCUUAACAAGACUGCGUCUAGACAGGAAUCAUCUCGUAGGAAAUAUAUCUGAAGACUUCGGCAUAUAUCCUGUUCUAGACUACAUUGAUUUGAGCUAUAAUAAUUUCCAUGGUGAGGUUUCACCAAACUGGGGAAAAUGCCAACUCCUAACCAGCCUAAAAAUUUCUGAUAAUCUUAUUGUCGGAGUCAUUCCACCUGGGAUUGGGGGAUCAUCGCUUCUUCACGUGCUUGAUCUUUCAAACAACAAACUCGUAGGGAAAAUCCCAAAUGAGCUAGGAAAUUUGAAAUCACUCUUUAAUCUGACUUUGAGCGGUAACAAUCUUUCUGGAGAAAUUCCUCCAGGAAUUGGAACGUUGCCUGAAAUGGCCUAUCUUGAUCUAGCUCGAAACUAUCUGAAUGGCCCAAUUCCUGGGCAGCUGGGUGACUGCUCGAAAAUGAUCUACCUGAACUUGAGCAGCAAUCAACUUAAUGGAAGCAUUCCUGAUGAAUAUGGCAAUUUGGUGUCACUACAAGUUGCAUUGGAUCUAAGUAGAAACACACUCUCCGGGGAAAUUCCAUGGCAACUUGGAAAUUUGAUAAAGCUGGAGAUAUUGAAUCUUUCCAACAAUGAGCUCACUGGUCCAAUCCCAUCAACUUUUGACAAUUUGAACAGUCUGAGGCUGGUUGAUGUGUCCCAUAAUGACUUGGAAGGUCCUCUUCCUAACAACGAAGGCUUCCUGGUGGCUCCGGCAGAAGCAUUUCAAGGUAAUGCCGGAUUAUGCGGCAACCAUUCUGGCUUAAAGCUCUGUCCUUCAAUAGAAAGUAAAAAAGAGAGAAGAAUUAGUAUAUUGGUAAUUAUGAUGCCUCUUGUUGGAGUGUCAAUAAUUCUUAGUAUCAUCGUUAUUAUUCUCUAUACCAUGAAGAGGGGGAAGACAAAAAUGAGCGAAGAAUCCGAGGAUUCGCAUCAUGGUAAUGUAUUCGCAAUUUGGUGCUAUGACGGGAAAUUAGUAUAUGAAGACAUCAAGGAAGCAACUGAAGGCUUUGACCAUAAGUACUGCAUUGGUGUAGGAGGAAGUGGGAGUGUUUAUAGAGCAGAACUGUCGACAGGUCAAGUCGUGGCUGUGAAGGAGCUUCAUGCUUUCCACUGUUUUAAUCUGCAAGAUCGAAAUGUCUUCGAGAAUGAGGUAAGGGCAUUAACAAAGAUCAGGCAUCGGAAUAUUGUGAAGCUGUACGGUUUCUGUUCACACGCGGAACGGUCGAUCUUGAUUUUCGAGUAUUUGGAGAGGGGGAGUUUGGCCAAGAUCCUGAAGGACAUGGAGCAAGCAAAGGAUUUGGAUUGGGCAAAAAGAAUUAAUGCUGUGAAAGGGGUUACUAAGGCACUCUACUACUUGCACCAUGAUUGUAGACCUCCCAUUAUUCACAGAGACAUAUCAAGCAACAAUAUAUUGUUGGACAGGGAAUAUGAAGCUCAUGUUUCUGAUUUCGGAACGGCCAGAUUUCUAAAGCCGGAUUCCUCCAAUUGGACAGGGCUCGCCGGAACAUAUGGGUAUAUCGCUCCAGAACUUGCCUACACGAUGAAAGUCACGGACAAGUGUGACGUUUACAGCUUUGGAGUAUUAACACUCGAAAUAAUAAUGGGUCGUCACCCUUGUGAGAUGAUGUCCUCUCCUUCAUCUCCCUCACCAUUGGGGUCAUCCUCAUCAUCGUCAUCUGCGACAUUGUCUUUGCCGGCAUCGCAAGUACAGACUCUGCCUUUCAACAAUUUGUUGGAUGGGCGUCUGCCACUACCCUCUCCCGAGAUGGCGGAGGAAGUAGCGACCAUCAUAAAGCUGGGCUUCGCAUGCUUAAAUGCUAAUCCUCUUCUCAGGCCAACCAUGGAGCAAGUUCACAUGGAGCUAUCGGCUCGAAGGCUACCUUCCAUCGAGUCAGUCCAUGAAUUAGCCUUCGGACAAGUCCUAAACCCAGGGGUACAAGAACAAGAGGACAAGACGCCUCAGUGACCAUGUAGUAUAUGCUGCACAGAGGGAGCAUGUUCCAUUU